AUGAUUCGUGAAUGGAAAUUAAUUAUGAAUCAAGUGUAUUUGUGGAUUUUAUUAAUCAAUAGCGCUAACGGACAGUUCGGAAGUAUAUCAAUAAGUUUAGAAAGGAAUCCACGGGUUGACGGUGAUUCAAAUCUUGCAAGAUGUCCACCCAAUACAACAUGUGUUCCAGUCAGUCAAUGUCCACUAUUAGAAGAUUUGUUGGAUUAUGCAUGUUUCUCAUCAGAUAGAUAUUUUCUCCGUUUGAAUGAAUUAACAUGUGGAAGCUCAAAUGAAGAAGAUUUUGUGUGCUGUCCGUCUUGUGAGUGUGGCCGGGUGUAUCAACAUGGCAACCCUGAAUGUGGACAGAGCAUGGUACGAGGGAUUGACUAUAAUGGUUUAGGGGCACAGCCCUGGGUGGCUAGAGUGGGUUUCGCAAAUAAAGAUACGGGUAGUGUGAAGUUUGCGUGUACAGGCUCCAUCAUCGGCAAAAGGAUAAUUCUAACAGCUGCUCACUGUGCGUUGGCCAAACCGGAAGGGUACAAAUUAUCCACAGUGGUGGUGGGUGAAUGGGACGUCAGCCGUAGUCCCGAUUGUUCAGAUUUCUUCUGUGCGCCGCCACCUCAAGCCCUCAAAGUUGAGAGCGUCUCUGUACACCCUGGAUACGAACAGAAGAUAUUCAGACAUGACAUAGCCCUCAUCAUUUUGAAGGACGAAAUUAAAUACUCCGUGACGGCUGCACCUAUCUGCCUCAAUGACAGACCAUUGGUAGUGGACGAACGGGCUUCGCUCGUGGGCUGGGGAAAACUGUCCGGACAAAGUACAGCAGGGAGUCGUCAACAACAGCUGGAAGUCCCGGUAGUUCCCUUAGAAACGGGAAGGACGCUUGUUCCGGUUUUGGUGGGGCUCCCCCUGGUUAUGAAGAGGGAUGGCAUGUUUGUACAGGUUGGCAUAGUCUCAUUCGGCUCCGAGAACUGCGGAAGUGAAGGUGUGCCCAGCGUAUACACCAAUGUAGGCCACUACCAUCGCUGGAUUGUCGAUAACUCUCCCACAAAUUAA